CCGAGAAGAUGGUCGCCCCCGAGGCGCUGUGAACAUGGCUCUGUCGGCAGGUUUGAGAUGCUGCCAAAGAAUAUUCUCCUGGAUACCUGUUGUUAUCAUCACGUCUAUAGUCUUGUGGUCUUAUUAUGCCUACGUGUUUGAGCUCUGUUUGUUCACCAUCAGCCACACACUGGAAAAAGUGGCCUACCUCCUCGUGUUCCAUGCUUGCUUUGUUAUGUUUUCCUGGACCUACUGGAAGUCUAUAUUUACACCUCCUUUCUCCCCAUCAAAGAAGUUUCAGCUUUCGUACUUGGACAAGGAGAGGUAUGAACUGGAAGAGAGGCCCGAUGUACAGAAGCAGAUCCUCAUUGAGAUAGCGAGAAAACUUCCCGUCUUCACACGCGCAGCAUCUGGAGCUAUCAGGUUCUGCGACCGCUGCCAGGUGAUAAAGCCAGACCGCUGCCACCACUGCUCUGUCUGCGAAACGUGUGUCCUCAAAAUGGAUCAUCAUUGUCCAUGGGUAAACAACUGUGUGGGAUUUUCCAACUACAAGUUCUUUCUGCUGUUUCUCGCAUACUCCAUGGUGUACUGCAUCUUCAUUGCUGCAACAUCCUUUCAGUAUUUCCUCAAGUUCUGGGUGGGGGAGCUGCCCAAUGGUCCGGCCAAGUUCCACGUACUCUUCCUCAUGUUCGUGGCCCUCAUGUUCUUUGUCAGCCUCAUGUUCCUCUUCGGCUACCACUGCUGGCUGGUGGCCAAAAACAGGUCUACUUUGGAGGCCUUCUCAGCUCCCUUUUUCCAGAGUGGACCUGACAAGAAUGGUUUCAAUCUUGGCUUCCGUAGCAACCUGCUACAGGUCUUUGGAGAAGAGAGGAAACUCUGGCUCCUUCCCAUUUUCACAAGCCUGGGUGACGGUCACUACUUCCCCAUGAGGAGCCAGAGUGAAUCCCGCAAUCCUUUAUUAGCUAAUGAGGAGCGCUGGGAGGAGGAUGGCGGAUCAGAUGAAGAGGGUGCCGCCAUUCAGAGGGACCCUUCUGUCACCAUAGAGAUGGAUUCCUAAUAGGCUGGGGUGCAUUGUUUUCAGAUCAGAAAUCAUUCAAGAUGAGUUCAGCAUUGAAGCAGUGCAGUUAGAUGAAGAUGAUGAUGCUGCAGCUUCUAAGGACUGUGCAGAGUUCAGAAGAAUUCCAGACAAGCUGAGAGAUGCAAGAAACCAAACGGGUCAAACAAGUACCUUGCUGGGAUUGUUCGUA